UCCGUGGCGGAGUACUACCUAUAUAAACAAGACAAUCCGAACUUUAAAGCGCAGUUGUAAAAACUUCCAGACAAAACACAAAUAUACGUCCACAUAACAUGACUGGAAUAAUAUAUAGUCAUACUGCAGCAGAACAAUUUGUUCAACAAGGAAGUAGCUAACCGUCUCCAUUUAGUUAGCUGAAAAGCGUAUUGACAACGUUGUUUUGCUACAGUAACUAACUAACGUUAGUCAUUCGUCAUCGAAGCUGUCCAGUGCAACGACCUGCUGUGAAUUUAUAUGUGACUAACGUUAGCUACCUACAUGCUUAGGAACCUUAUCCUGUGGACGGAAGGAUAUCGUUUCAGCAACUACCACUUACUCUGUCCCUCUGUUUGGCCCAAACUGCUUAUCACUGCAACGCUUAGGAAUACCCACGUAAUAACCGGGAAGCAGCUAUGCAGCUUGAAAUCCAAGUAGCACUUAACUUUAUUAUUUCCUAUUUAUACAACAAACUCCCCAGACGGCGUGUGAACAUCUUCGGGGAGGAGCUCGAGAGGCAGCUGAAGAAGAAGUACGAGGGCCACUGGUACACGGAUAAGCCAUACAAGGGCUCUGGGUACAGGUGCCUCCACGUAGGGGAGAAGGUGGACCCUGUGGUGGAGCAGGCAGCCAAGGAGAGUGGCCUGGACUUGGACGACGUCCGGGAUAAUCUCCCUCAGGACCUUAGUGUGUGGAUUGACCCCUUCGAGGUGUCCUACCAGCUUGGCGAGAAGGGGCCGGUCAAGGUGCUGUAUGUGGAUGAUAACAAUGGGUCCGAGUUGGACAAGGAGAUCAAGAACAGCUUCAACCCAGAGGCCCAGGUCUUCAUGCCCAUCAGUGACUCUAUCGGGACCUCUUCUGAGUCCAGCUCUCCUUCACCCCCCUUCGGGCAAUCUGCGGCCAUUAGCCCCUCCUUCAUGCCGCGCUCCACCUAUCCUAUAACCUUCACCACCGCCACCUUCGCCGCCACCAAGUUUGGCUCCACCAAGAUGAAGAUCUCCGGCCGCAACAACAACAACAAUGGUAACGGCAACAAGGUGGCCCGCACCUCUCCAACCAACGACCUGGGGCUGAAUGUGAACACCCUAAUGAAGCAGAAAGCCGCUUCCACCUCUAUGUACUCUCUGUACGGCCUGGGCCAGCAGCAGAAUGCCUCUGCACUCUCUCCUAAUGCUAAGGAGUUUGUGUUCCCCAGCCUCCAGGGCCAGGGGAGCUCCGGUGGCGUGUUCCCCAGCCUCCAGGGCCAGGGGAGCUCCGGUGGCGUGUUCCCCAGCCUCCAGGGCCAGGGGAGCUCCGGUGGCGUGUUCCCCAGCCUCCAGGGCCAGGGGAGCUCCGGUGGCGUGUUCCCCAGCCUCCAGGGCCAGGGGAGCUCCGGUGGCGUGUUCCCCAGCCUCCAGGGCCAGGGGAGCUCCGGUGGCGUGUUCCCCAGCCUCCAGGGCCAGGGGAGCUCCGGUGGCGUGUUCCCCAGCCUCCAGGGCCAGGGGAGCUCCGGUGGCGUGUUCCCCAGUGAAGGCUCUCUCAGCCUCAGCCCGCUGCAGUACAACAAUGCCUUUGACGUGUUUACGGCCUACGGAGAUCUCAACAACAAGUCCCUCAAUGAUGGGCUGAACUUCAACCUCAGCAACAUGCAGUAUUCCAAGCAGCAAUUCCAGUCGGUCAUGGCCAACUAAACCUGACACUAGGACGUGAAUAUGUUAUUUCUUAAUGACAACGGUAGCUUGAAGGGAAACAUUAAGAAGAACUGGACUUUCAAGGAACCUCUUGAGGAGCUUUCUAUCUAGUUAGGGAAGCAGCAUGUGUCCAAGGGUGCUUUUUCUCUGCCCUAUUGAGUUAGUUUUUUUUACAAAAAUGUUGAUGUACGAACACGUCCAAGCUUGAUUACUUAAAUUCAACAUGCAUAGUUGUUUCUCUUUUUCUUUAAAUUUUUUGCCAACCGAGCACAAAUAUAUUUUUGUACAAUGUUCGAAAUACAAAAAUACUCCAUUAACAUGGAUAAAAAAAAAUUAAAAAAUGUUUGUCCUCUUACAGUGUUUUACAUGUGUUAGGACAUGGUGGAUUUGUAUGACUUUGCACUACUAAAUGGGGUUACUUUGUCUUUUUCUACUUGUAUAAUUUAAUUUAGUACAGAGUUUAAGAUAUCAGAGUAUAUAUUGUUUCUAUGACAUGGCAGUGCAUUUAUAUCUUUUUACUACUCCAGUGAUGGCUGCAGCAGCUUGUCGUUGUAUUUCUUUUUUUUGUAGUAGUAUUUUUAUUUUUUUCAGGUAAAGAAUUGUCUUUAAACUCCAUCACAUAUUCUAAAGAUUGCGUACAGAGUAUUCCUCCGUGGUGGAAUUUCAUGUACAACAAGAGUUGUAUUUUCUCUUAAGAGUUAAAAGAUUUUGCUAUAUGUACAAAAAUGUAAAUUGUAUACAUUUUAAUUUUGUACCUACAUUGUGUAAUACUUGAUAAAAAAUACGGUAUAACAAAGUAUUUUGAGUCCGUGUCUUAAAUGUCAAGAGGGACUGGAAUAGUUUAUUGUUUUGUAUUAAAAAUGCUUAAAUUAUGUUUUUCUUUUUACAUUUUCUUUUUUUUAUAUUUGCACCCUGGUCUUUUUAAUAAAUUAAACUACAGUCAAAA